AUAAGACGGAGCUGACGGAGCAGCGAUGUGGACAAAGAGGAGGGAGACAACGACGUUUAAUCCGGAGGAAAACUCCAGUCCAGCUUCUGGUUUCUGGUUCUAACAGACGCUUUGAGAUUCUGGCUUUCAACGAGGACUCGAGCUGCUGCCGUGUUAAUCCGAGACCAGUUUCUGUCCUUGAAGACAAAGUCUGGAUUCUGGGCUCAGAUCUGUUCAAAUCAGAUUGUUUUUUUCUUCUUUUUCUCUUCUCUUCUGAACGCUGCAGAUGAAGCAGAACAACAACAGUUUCUGUCUCCGUUCUCUGUUUGGAGGCUGAACCAGCAGAGCCGACGGACGCACUCCACAGCUGGACGUUGGUCUGAACCGGCAGGGUGCGGAGACAUCUGGAUGAGAGUCUGAAGUUACAGUGGAGUCAAUGUGACAGACAUGAAGAACCCGAACCAGUAUGGUGGAAGUCACCUGGAGAGUCUGGCGUGUGCAGCGCUGUCCAGUCUGUUGUUGGUUCUCCUGGGACUGCUGGUCUCGGUCCACGGCUGUCCCGGUGGCUGCACAUGCUACGGUAACACCACCGACUGCUCCGCCGUGGGCCUCCUCUCUCUGAAGCCCAUCCUGGGACAGCUGGACCAGGACUCUCUGAUCCUCCGCCUACCCCACAACAACCUGUCGUCCCUGGGCACGACAGACCUGUCCAACCUCAGCAGCCUGGAUCUCCUGGAUCUCUCCCAGAACCACUUCUCCACCCUGCAGCCCGGGGCUUUCUCCAGCCUGAGCGGCCUGCGCUGCCUCAAUCUCUCCGCCAACUACCUCGGGGUUCGCCUGGUGACCCCUGACCCCAACAACGGCACAGAAGUCCUCCACAACCGAAGUCAAGGGAGCGUUGGCCUGAGCAGGGACGUUUUCAGGGGGCUGUGGCGGCUGCGGGGGCUCGACCUGUCCUCCAACGGCCUCCUGUGGCUGCCCAAAGGCGUGCUGGACGGGCUUCAGAGACUCGCCUGGCUGUCCUUGGCCGGCAACCGGCUGGCGGCCCUGGACAGAGUCACCUUCGAGCCCCUGGUGGGGCUGCAGCAGCUCCGCCUGGCGGGAAACCCCUGGGAGUGCGACUGCAAGCUGAGAGACUUCAAGCACUGGAUGGAGUGGAUGAUUUACAGGGAUGGGCAGGUGGACGCGAUGCAGUGCAGCCUCCCGGGGGAUCUGACGGGCAGGGACAUCCGCAGCGUGCCGGCCGAGAUGUUCAGCCACUGCCCGCAGGCCGGGACCAGAGAGGGCGCGCCGGGUUACGGCACGCGGCCUCCGUGCCCGCCCGGCCGCAUCAGCAGCAGCGACGAGUGCAUCCGCCAGCGCUACCGGCCGGUGAGCGUCCGCCGGGCGCACGGCACGCAGAUAGUCGCGGGCGUGAUUUGCGGCACCGUGUGCGUCAUGAUGGUGGUCGCGGCGACGUACGGCUGCGUCUACGCCUCCCUGAUGGCGCGCUACCAGAAGGAGAUGAGGAGCCGCGGGCCGCCGCUGAUGGCCGAGUCCGGAGGCGACACGGACCUGGAGGACGGGCAAAUGUCAUCGCCGACGUCUCCGGAGGAGUCGCUGCCCAAAGAGCGCUGUGGCAUCGUGCACGGGUAUCGAAUCAGCAGCUUCUGACCCGAGCUGUCAGACAUCCAUCCGGGACGCUGUGGAUGCUUCUGAUCCUCGGCUCUCAUCAGGGAUGAGGGAGAAACCCUGCAGCUCUGGGAUUGUGCUGAAAGGCCUCUGGGAGGGGGACAGCUGUACAUCAGGGGACAGACAAACCGCUAAGAGUGACAAAGACAGUAAAAGUGUAGUCUACAUCGCUGACGUUGCAUUCACAGGAUUUUUCCUGUUCCGCCGGAUGUCCUGCUGGAGGUCCUGCUGGUUUUCCUGUUGGUUUUCCUGCUGGUUUUCCUGCUAGAGGUAUACUGCAGGAUGUCCUGCUGGAGGUCCUGCUGGAUGUCCUGCCGGAGGUCCUGCUGGAGGUCCUGCUGGAGGUCCUGCUGGAGGUCCUGCUGGAGGUAUCCUGCUGGAUGUCCUGCUGGAGGUCCUGCUAGAUGUCCUGCUGGAGGUCCUGCUGGAUGUCCUGCCGGACGUCCUGUUGGAUGUCCUGCUGGAUGUCCUGCUGGAGGUCCUGCUGGAUGUCCUGCUGGAUGUCCUGCUGGAGGUCCUGCCGGAGGUCAUGUUGGAUGUCCUGCUGGAUGUCCUGCUGGAGGUCCUGCUGGAGGUCCUCCCGGAGGUCCUCCCGGAGGUCAUGUUGGAUGUCCUGCUGGAUGUCCUGCUGGAGGUCCUGCCGGAAGUCCUGCCGGAGGUCCUGCUGGUUUUCCUGCUGGAGGUCCUGCUGGAGGUCCUGCUGGACGUCCUGCUGGACGUCCUGCUGGAGGUCCUGCUGGAUGUCCCCCAUUUUUGGCAGAAUGUCGGUCACCUUUCCGCUUUCUUUGUAUUUGUGUUUUUUGUCUGGUUGAUUCUGGAAACAUCUUCCGAGCUGGAACAAUCACAUAAUAUUCAUCUUUGUUGUUGAUUAUUUAAAGAUUAUUUUUUGAGAUUUUCUGCCUUUAUUUGUUAGGACAGCAAGGUGAGAAAGGAGAAAGACAGAGAGGGAGAGGAGAAGACAUGCAGGAAAUCGUCACAGGUCGGAUUCAAAUCCUAGACCUCUGCGUCGCAAAAGCCUCCUCGUAUAUGUGCACCUGCUGUACCCACUGAACCAACCCGGUCACCGUCUUGUUUUUUUGUUGUUUUUUAAGUUAAAUUCUCUUCACAGAGCCAUUAUAAUCCCAGAGCUCGCCUAGCCUACAUACACAUGUUCCACCAAAACAAGUUCCAUCCCGAGGCUAUUAUCCCGCGGCACCGUUGUUGUUCUCCCGUCCCAGAAGGCCAGAUCCUCCUCCGCAGCGCUGUGGAGGAGGAUCUGGCAAAGAGAGACUAGUGGAACUGUAAGGCUGCGGUACUUCUUUUUUAAUGUAUGGAUGCUCUGUGAGUUGUUAUUCCCCACGCCGCGUCUCUCAGCCAGCGCUUAAACUCCUCUGAAGCUGCUGUUUGGCACUUCUGUCCCUUUACUCCCCGUCCUCUGUGUUUUUUGGUUUCGUCUUUUGAAAAACGAAACCUAACCUUGUUGUUCUGUGGUUUCUAUCCGAGCCCAACAAGCACAAGCUCCAAAUAUAUGUACAACUGUCUGUGAAUCUGUGAAACGGGACAUUUCUCCUGCUGUUUGCUUCACACAAUCUCCUGUUUUCUUGAUCGGUCAUGUGUAUUUUAUGUCAUCCGUUACAUGAGCACUUUGAGAAAUAGAUCCUCUGUUGUCAGGUUGGACGCCCUGUUGAAUUCCCUCCAGAUAACAGACGCUUUAUACCCUGUUAGAGUCUUGCUGCUGUCAGGGAAAUGCUGCUUCAAGCUCCAUCAGCGAGGUAAACUGUCUUCAGCCAACACUGGAGCUGUGCUGCCACCCAGAGGGCGAGCUUUGGGCUGCGACAGCUUUCAAUCCAGCACAACAGAAACAAUAAUUCCCAACAAAGGAAAGUCUGAGCUGCUGAGUGAAAGUGUGUGAGGGUAUCAGCUCACAUACUGUAUACCAUAACGUCCAGGGGUUUUCAUUCAUUUUGUCCAUAUUUUCUCUGAUAAGCACAUUUGUCUCAAUCUCAACUCAAGAAGCUGUUACUUCAUGUAGAAGAUAUUAAACUCUCUGUUUACCUAAA